AUGAUUUUGUCUUCCAGAAUGAUUGAAGAUUGUGGGAAGAGAGGAAAUACCAUGGCAGAAAGAAGGCAGCUGUUUGCAGAAAUGCGGGCUCAAGAUCUGGAUCGCAUUCGUUUGUCCACCUACCGAACAGCAUGCAAGCUUAGAUUUGUUCAGAAGAAAUGCAACUUGCACCUGAUGGACAUCUGGAACGUCAUAGAAGCCUUGCGGGAAAACGCACUCAACAACCUGGAUCCCAACAUCGAACUGAACGUGGCUCGCCUGGAAGCUGUGAUUUCAACUAUCUUCUACCAGCUCAACAAACGGAUGCCGACAACCCACCAGAUCAACGUGGAGCAAUCCAUCAGCUUACUGCUCAACUUCUUGCUAGCAGCCUUUGAUCCGGAAGGACAUGGUAAAAUUUCCGUUUUUGCUGUCAAAAUGGCCUUGGCAACUCUUUGUGGAGGAAAGAUCAUGGACAAAUUAAGAUAUAUUUUCUCAAUGAUUUCCGACUCCAGUGGAGUGAUGGUUUAUGGCAGAUACGACAUGUUUCUGCGGGAGGUUCUCAAGCUGCCCACGGCUGUUUUCGAAGGGCCUUCAUUUGGUUAUACUGAGCAAUCAGCAAAAUCCUGUUUCUCGCAACAGAAAAAAGUCACAUUAAACACUUUCUUGGAUACUCUCAUGUCUGAUCCCCCGCCACAGUGUCUAGUGUGGUUACCACUUCUGCAUCGACUGGCAAAUGUUGAAAAUGUCUUCCACCCCGUCGAGUGUUCCUACUGCCACAGCGAGAGCAUGAUGGGGUUUCGCUACCGCUGCCAGCAGUGUCACAAUUACCAGCUCUGUCAGGACUGCUUCUGGAGGGGCCAUGCCAGCGGUUCCCACAGCAACCAGCACCAAAUGAAAGAGUACACGUCAUGGAAAUCACCUGCUAAGAAGCUAACUAAUGCACUUAGCAAGUCUUUAAGCUGUGCUUCCAGCCGUGAACCUUUGCACCCAAUGUUCCCUGACCAGCCUGAAAAACCUCUAAACCUGGCUCAUAUUGUAGAUACUUGGCCCCCUCGACCUGUAACCAGCAUGAACGACACACUCUUCUCCCACUCUGUUCCCUCAGGAAGUCCGUUUGCAAACAGAAGGUUACUUGGGGGUAUAAAUGCAGCCAGUCCUGUGGCUGAUGAGCAUUCUCUUAUAAGGCUGUAUGUAAAUCAGCUUCACAACAAUUCACGCUCUCCUUCCAAGAAUACUGAAGUAGAGCAGAGCAAACUGCUGGCUAGGGCUGCUCCAGCUUUCUUGAAAGGCAAAGGGUUACAGUACAGCCUCGAUGUUGCAGACAGGCUGGCCGAUGAACAUGUACUCAUCGGGUUGUAUGUCAACAUGCUGCAGAGCAACCCCGCACGUGUGCUCGACAGCGCAAGUCGCCUGGAUGAAGAACAUAAGCUGAUCGCCAGGUAUGCAGCAAGGCUGGCAGCAGAAACUUCUUCAUCAGUAAGUCAGGGUCAGCAGAGAGGGGCAUCAGAUAUCUCCUUCACCAUUGAUGCAAACAAGCAACAAAGGCAGUUGAUUGCAGAGCUUGAAAAUAAAAACCGAGAAAUCCUACAGGAGAUCCAGAGGCUGCGACUUGAACAUGAGCAAGCGUCUCAGCCCACACCAGAGAAGGCACAACAAAAUCCCACUCUCCUUGCAGAGCUCCGGCUCCUGAGACAGCGGAAGGAUGAGCUGGAACAGAGGAUGUCUGCUCUCCAGGAAAGCCGGAGGGAGCUUAUGGUUCAGUUAGAAGGCCUCAUGAAACUGCUGAAGGAAGAAGAAUUGAAACAGGUAACCCAAGGGGCCGGCUCCCCGCGUUCCUCACCCAGCCACACUAUCAGUCGGCCGAUUCCAAUGCCCAUCAGGUCUGCCUCUGCCUGCUCCACCCCAACCCAUGCACCUCAGGACUCUCUGACCGGGGUGGGAGGAGAUGUGCAGGAAGCCUUUGCACAAAGUGCAAGACGAAACUUAAGAAAUGAUUUGCUGGUGGCAGCAGAUUCAAUCACCAACACCAUGUCUUCUUUGGUAAAAGAACUAAAUUCUGAAGUGGGCAGCGAGACAGAAAGCAAUGUGGAUUCUGAAUUUGGACGGACUCAUUUUGAUGACCUUGUUCCAUCCCCAACAUCUGAGAAGGCUUUCCUCGCGCAGAUCCAUGCCCGGAAGCCAGGCUACAUCCACAGCGCUGCUGCCACCGGCUCCAUCCGCAGUGACAUGGUUACAGAAGAUGGAGACCCCUACGUCAGAGCAGAUGAUGAAAAUUAUGAGAAUGACUCUGUCCGCCAGCUGGAGAACGAACUGAAAAUGGAGGAGUACCUGAAGCAGAAGCUGCAGGAUGAGGCAUACCAGGCAAGCUGCAGUCAGACAGACAACGAAAGCUACGUAAGAACUGAUGAUGAGGAGAGCUGCUUUCGGACAGACGAUGAAGAAAACUCGGCUGCGAACUUCACAGAAGAGUGGAACCAAGAGGUGCAGCGUCUCUUGACAAAAAAAUCACAUAACUAAGUUCUGAGGACUGUAGCACAGUACUUUUGUUCUAAGAGUUGUAGUUUGUAGAUGUGUGUUUUUGACAACAAGACUUUUGUUUAAAGCUAACUUAUAUUAGCUACAUCUUCUGUAACAUGGCUCAUUACCGGUGAAGAAAACAGACUGACGUACGUACUGCUGUUACAAAGGAUGGCGGUAUUAAUAACUCACGUAAACCCUUUGCACAUGAUAUUGAACCUGUUCAGUUUACAAUGACAAUACUGUUUAUAGAUAGAAAUUUGAUUUCUGAAUACUUUGAGAUUUUAGUAGAUCAGUUUACUAUACACUGUACAUUUUUUCCACAGAAGAAAUAAAAAGCUACAAUUAUGCAUUUAACACUGAAUGAUUAUACUCCUGAGUGUAUAUAUCUAGUAGCCCAAAAAAAAAGUACCAGACUAUAUUUGCAAUUUGUUUGCAAGUCUUUAAAUUAAGACUUAUA